AGCAGCAAGUCUGUGGAAGGUGAGGAUGAUAAAAUACGUAGGGAGGCCAACAAGAGGAUUGAAAAACAAUUACAAAAAGAUAAGCAAACAUACAGAGCCACACACAGAUUAUUGUUAUUAGGCGCCGGGGAGUCAGGCAAGUCUACCGUAGUGAAACAGAUGAGGAUUCUCCAUGUCAAUGGGUUCAGUGCUGAGGAGAGGAAACAGAAAGCAGAUGACAUUCGACGAAAUUUGAAAGAUGCCAUAUUGGUGAGUAUGAUGGUGAUG